GCCAUUGUCCAGGAUGAAGCAAGCUCAGAGACGCCGAGCCCCGGAUGCGAGUACACCUCCACGGAGAUCUCGCAAGACGACCUUGGCCUCGAUGUGGCAGAGGCAUGGAAAGUGAACGUGAACGUUCACAUUAUUCGCAAGGCCUCUUACAAAGGCUGUCUGAAGAUAUCGCGGGGAUGUGUGAGCUUGGAAAGCUGGCGAAAUUUCCUGGACUUCUCUGGCUUGCAACAGUGGCAAACUUGCAAACUCCUGGCGAAGGAGGAGCAACAUGUCGAUACAGGCGCAUCCCUGUGGCAACUGCCGCCUGGUUUAUUCUUCGGCUACCUCAUCAGGAACUACUUCAGGACAACGUCGGAUUUCAUGUGCAGAUACACCCGCAGAGCUGAGCUGAGCAUCAAGCAGGCCCUCGACAACAUGGGGAUGAAAUCUUUGGCAAUCCUUUGUGACGCCUCACCCAAAGCCAAGAUGGUUUGGCUUCCAGUCCUGUCUGUCCCUGGGCUGGUCACGAUGGGGACUUUGCAGCGGCUCUCCACGCAGGAGCUCAAGGCCCUCGCAAACGUGCUCUCACACGUGAACAUAAGUUUGGACGACUGCUUCCCGACGGAGCCACUGCUGCCAGCAAGGGAGACGGAAACCCGUGUGAUUUACAAACAACAAUCCCUCCGCUUAGCCUACCUCUUCGACCGCGAGACCGAGGCGAGCAGAUGGGACGUCCCUAUGGGAUCGGACCACCUGAGACUCGUGGUAUGUCCGGACCAAGGUGGAAUGACUACUUUGUGUGGCUGGCUCUUCAGGGCGAAGAAGUCUCCCUGGAACACCUCCGGAUUUGGCAGUACCCUCAACGAGGCAAAGCCCGACGAUGUGCUCAUGGAAAUGUUCCAGCGAGACAUCCUCAAAGAGAACAAUUUGGAGGAGACCUCGGACACCCAGCUGAACUUCACGCGGGUGAUGGAUAUCCUCGGCAAAACGUGCAAAUGGUGCUCCUGGGCCCACACCUCAAAAAGAUUUCAGAUGAGUGCGAGCUUGCUCCUUAUCCUAUGGUCGGCUAUGGAGGUCGGAAAGAAUCCUUUCAAGAUCCUGGAGAAUGAAUCCUCCGCCCCACAGAACCAAAAGUCCUUCGACAAAACCGUCGACCUUUGUGUCAAGGCACUCACGAAUGAGGAAAGCUUCGGGAUCUUCCGUGUGGCCCGGGCCGUGCUCGAGCCCUUCAGGGAGCUCUGUUUGCAACUGGUCCUGAGACUGACGUUUCGAAGAUGUGCCACGUACGAAAGUGUUCUGAAGGAAGGUUUUGGCCUCUACCUCUCGACCGUUCACGAACUGAUGCAGUACAGUCUGUACUUACGGAGCAGCCCGCACUGUGCAGCUGCCCUUGUGUCUACGAAAGAAGCAGACAACGGCGAGACGAAGCAAAGCAUUCUCAAAAGGAUGCAAGCAGAGUGGCAAGUUGUGCUGUUGAUGGAAUCAAAGCCGCCUUCGGCCGCCAUUUUGGCGGCGAGCUGCCACCACUCGCGAUACCAGCAUUACCGCGAGACCAUGACUUGCUUGGAAAAGCACGACUUUGUCAUGCAGCCCGAGUGCAAAGAAGUGGUAUCUGCUUGGAAUCCUUCUUUCUGCCAAAGUGCCUCCCUGGAGAGCAUGUUCGGAGAAAUGAGUGACGCUGUCAAGCGAGCCGGGCGAGCUGAUGCUGGCUCCCUUCCAAAUUUGCAUGCCGUGGGAGUGAGAAGCUUGCUGCGACGAGUUUGCAAGCAUGAGGGCAGCCCGAAAGCCUUGGAGCUUUCGAAGGACGCUGUGCAAUUGAAGCAGCUCCCGUACAAGUUCGCUGGCCCUUUGCCGGAGCAGAAAGACGACGAGACACGAGUUCCGUGCAGGAACCAGGGUGAUGAUUGGUGGGACCCUUUGCUGCAAGGGCAGAUCACUCCUGCCCUCACCUUGGACGUCGGCAGGGCCUUGAUCCAGCAGCUCCGCUUUGAUUAUGAUGAAGUGCUCUUGUAUGGCUACACCGUACAUGUGUGCGAGCAGGCCUUGGAGGACAAGUGCGGGUCAGCCCUCCUUUUCCGGAGGGGGGGGCAAGAAUUUAGCUUGCUCUGCUACCUGGUGCAGAGCGGCGAGAUCUUGCAGACCACAAGUGCAUCAUUGAGCGAGCUGUUGGAGAAGAGCGAUGUUCAGAUGCCGAAGAACACAACGAAGAAUCAAAAGAUCAGACGAUUGCUGAUGCUGGAGGCAGUCGUUCAGGCAUGCGGCGAACAAAGGAUUCACAAGCUUCUUGCGAAGCUGGACGAGCAAGAGGAAAAGAGAAGGAAGAAAGAGAAAAAGGAAGAAGAGCCCCAGCAGGCUGAGGGCGACAUCGAAUGGGAGGAGCUGCACGAUGAUCCGGCUACGGCAGCAUGCAGAGAGCUUUUGGCCAGGCUUGAUGAGGAGGAGGAGCAGCAGGAGACGAGCGAGGAUGCCGAGGCAAAGCCUCGAGAUGGCGGCAUCAUGGCAGAUGCCAAUCGAGCAUCGCGGGCUUACCUGUCUUCUUCGACUACGUCGCUACCAUCGAAGCUCCUGGAGGACAUGCCAAUUCCAGAUGGAGCGGCAAUGCAUCAGACUGUGCACGUGGACGGCACUCUGCCGCAGUUCCAAGGCAGAUUGCUCAAUGGCCAGUGCUUCGAAGGGAAGUGA